AUGGAGAUCGUCGUGUGCGCCCCUGUCACUCACGAGCAGCGCCGCGUGGCCAUUCCGCCUGAGUUCAAAAAGGUUUUACACUACGUUAACGGGGCGGUGCUCUGUGCUGCCCGCAACCAGGGCCACGUGCAUGGCGGCUGUCACUCCAGCCCUUUCAAGGUCGUCUUGGUGAUCAUGUACAGCGAGGACAAUCAUCGACCCCUUGCAUGUGUUUAUUCCUCUGAAACCGACACAUGGGGCAAUCUCAUCUCAACGUCCGUUCCAUGUGUGGUUAUUGAUGCUUAUAGACCCGGGUCACUCGUUGGUAAUGCACUCUAUUGGUUGGAUACUAUGACAAAUGGCAUGCUUGAGUUUGAUUUGGAAGAUGAGAGUCUAGCUAUGAUCAGUGGUCCACCGGUUGCAGAUCACUCCAGCCAUAGUCAGAUCAUUCAGGGUGAGGAUGGCGCUCUUGGCUUUGCCAUAUUGUCUUAUCCACGCUUCUAUAUGUGGAACAGGAACAUCAAUGAUCACGGUGUUGCCACGUGGGUGAUGUGGAAGACCGUUGAAAUGCACAACAUUCUUCGGCCCCCUCUUCAGACUGAGAGAGGGGUGAGAGGGGCAAAAACUAUACUGGGAUAUUCGGAGGAUACUGAUGUGAUUUUUAUAUAUGUGAACGGUAGUGUCUACAUGGUUCAUCUUAAGUCAAUGCAAUCCAAAAACCUUCAUGAAACAAGCUAUAUCACUGACUACCAUCCUUUCACAGCUUUUUAUUCCCCAGGGAUAACCAAUGUUGGUGGAUGUGAUGGAGCUGAAGUCUUGCACGAUGCAUUGGGAUAA